CUCCUCCCCACUGAAAGCAUUGAUAUUCCUGACAGUCUGAUGAAACAUCUCCCCCUCUGUUUCACCAGGUAAUUUCUCUCUCUGAAGGGGAGCACAGCUGCAGAGCAGAUCCUGUUCUCUCCCUGUGUGGACCCUCGGUCUGCCUUUUCCUUUCUCUACGGAACCGAACCGUACGAAACAACUUUUCCAUCCAUGCACUAUUUGCUCCGUCUGCUGCUCCAUUUACAAGCAUGACCGCACAACGUGUUCACAGUAAAAAGCGACCUGCAGAUCAACAUCAAGGUCCCAGUAGUUGAACUAAACCAGACGCAAGAGAAGGGAUCUUUGUCACCUCCCAUUAUUUAUCCAGCCCUCCUUUCUAAAAUGGAGAUUUCAUUGCAGGCUUCCACUUUGUCUGCACCACUUUACAACACUAGCAUGCCAUUCAAUGGCUCAGGAAACAACACUGUUGAGCAGUUUACAGAAAUCAACCUUUUUGAAGUCCUCGGUCCCAAGCGAUCCCCGUUUUUUUUCCCUGUAACAACAGUUUACCUUUUAAUCUUCCUCACCGGGUUGUCUGGAAAUCUUCUGACGUGUGCAGUGAUUGCAAAGCACAAGAAGAUGCGUAACCCCACAAACUUUUACCUUGUAAGCCUGGCUAUGUCGGACCUCCUCGUGCUGAUGUUUGCGAUGCCGUUGGAGAUUUACGACCUGUGGGAGAACUAUCCAUUCCCCUUUGGUGAGGGCGGCUGCUACUUCAAAACCUUCCUCUUUGAGACAGUUUGCUUCGCAUCUAUCCUCAAUGUCACAGCACUCAGCGUGGAGAGGUACAUCGCUGUUGUGCAUCCACUGAAAACGCGAUACCUCUCAACCAAUCAGCAUGCCAAACGUGUCAUCACCAUUGUGUGGGGAGUGUCGAUGGUCUGUGCUGUUCCUAACACUUCGCUUCAUGGCCUCUUUUACUUGCCUGAGAGAAUGGAGGAGUCAGCAAUAUGUGCUGUGGUCAAGCCCAUUUGGAUCUAUAAUUUGGUGAUGCAAAUCACAACUGUGUGUUUCUACUUCAUUCCUAUGAUGAUUAUUAGCAUGCUCUAUCUUGUGAUGGGCAUACAUCUGGGUAGAGAAAGGCGGUAUGCCCGGAGGAACCUGGGGAAUAACUGCUGCAGCAACACCAGGAGAAGGAUCAGUGGGGAGAAUGGGCGCAGAGGACAGGUCAUCAAGAUGCUCUCAAUUGUUGUGGCUGUAUUUGGAGUCUGCUGGGCUCCCUUCCAUAUUGAGCGGCUUCUGUGGAGUUCAGUCAGCCAGUGGACCGACGUGAUGCACAAUGUUUAUCAGUACGUCCACAUCCUGUCUGGCAUCUUCUUCUACCUAAGCUCUGCAGUAAACCCUAUCAUCUAUAGUCUGCUGUCCACACGAUUUAGAGAGUGCUUCCAGGAACUGGUGUGCUCCCGUUCAGAGGGCAACAGCUCUGUAAGAGACUCCCCACCAUUCCCGAAGAUUUUAAUGGACACCUCCAUGUCAUGUUCAAGAACCCAGUAUGAGAUUAAAGACUCAAGUUCUUCCAUCCCUUUGCUGUCUCCUAGUGUGACUUUGACUAUGAAAACUGCUGUCCUCCCAUGUGUGGUGAAGGAAACUAACUGCAAGACCUCUGUUUUCUGAGAUUUGUUUGAAAUCUGGAAAUUAGCACGAACAUUGUAAACGUAUGGGUGAACAUUUGGGGAAAUUGAUUUAUUUUCUUUCUUACAAACAGACUGAGAUGCCAGUUUGCAAAUGAUCAAACUGUCCUCAAGAUAUAGUAAAUGCAGUCUUUAACCAUUAUUUAAAAAUACACUUUAAGUAAUGAUUGUGAAACUGAUGGACAGACACUGGAUUUAAAUUCAAAUAAAGUUACAUUAAUUUAGUGAAGCUGAUGUCAAUGAAACCCUGUCUCAACACAAACCAUAAAAGAUUUGUUCCCAUAUCUGGAUAACGACAAUGUAACAGUCCAAGGUAAGAAAAUUAAUGCUGACAUUAUAUUUAUAAGCUGCUGUGUAUCGAGCAGCCUUUAUGUGGUAAGAAUUGGUCAAUCUUUUUCCAAACGUUUUGAUUUUGACUCAAAUCUUGAACAUUCAUUCUUUUGUGGAAUUGUUAGGCACUUAUUGUGAAGCUAUAUAAAAAUAUGUAUAUGCAUAUAUGUUUUGAGCUUUGAAGGGAUAGAGAUACAAAAAGUCCAGUCAUAAAAUUGACUUGUAAAAAACAUAGAAUUGUGCGUCACUACAAUCUUCAUCCUUGAAUCUCUCAAGCUAUUCUCACAAGUACUCAUCUCAUGUGCAAGAGAGGACUGUGCUACAAAGCAACAACAACAACCUGUGGUAGCUUCUUACGGUCAAACAAUCAUGACCUUGGUCAACACACUGAACAAAGUGAACGCAGGAUAUUGUGUACAAGUGGUAUAAUCCCCACCUUUCUACUCUGAAGAAACAGUUGGCAGUUAAUGAUGCCAUUAACAGAGCCAGCGCGAAGCUUUUUAGUCAGAGAAAACAAACUGUUCAAAUAAAUGAGAUAUUGCAGGAUUAAGCAGAGCUGUCAGGUUAAUUCUGUUUCAUCUGCCCCUCUUAUUGUCUUUGCCAGACAGAGGCUGAAC